AUGGAAUAUGCAAAUGCCAGUCACAUCGAAAGAGCGAAUCGAAAUCAGGACAAUGAAGUGAAGGGGAAAAGUGAAAAGAUGAAUGGAGACUCAGUGGCCGUUGAGCCAGCAAAGACCGUGAAUCCGUCAGCGGGAAAACUCGAUCCUGAAAUGAAGCUCAACGUGGAAGAUAUUUCGAUGCUUCGAUCAGACUCAGUGAAUUCCAUCAACACAAGCUCUGGACGAUCAAGUCGACUUGGCAGGGUGUUCCAUGCACGGCAUGCGAAAUCGUCUAAGAAUCGUGGAAAUCAACCACGAGGAGAAGUGGAGAUGUCAAUUCGUUACGCCGAUGCGAUAAGGAAGCUGGUGGUGCAGGUGCUCGGUGCUCGGAACCUUUUACCAUGGGAAAAGGAGGGACAGUGCAAUCCGUACGCCUCGGUGAAGGUCAUAUCUGUAGAGCACAAUAAGGAGGUUGCAAAACGUAAAACCGGCGUUGUCAAGAACUCGCUGAAUCCCGUGUUUGACAAUCAUUUUGAAUUUGACAUGGACGCACAGGAUUUGCACAACUACAAACUUCAAAUAUUAAUCAAGGAUGAUACCAGAUAG